CAUUACUCAGAAGCCUGUAAACAAAGCACUCAGAACUAGUAUGUUAAUCAGUACAGGCAGUCUCUGGGUUAAAAACAUCUCACAUAUGGACAACUCAUACUUACGAAUGGACUACCUUAAAGUGUAUUAUAUAUAAAUUUGGGUACGCUACUUUGUGACUCUCGUAAAUACAUUGCGUGGUGUCAGCCAGUUGUCUGCUUGAGGUACGGAACAGUACUAUGUGUAGCUACUUUUAUUAUUAAACUAUUAUUAUCGUUGUUAUGUACCAUGUCAUUGUCUUCCAGACUUACCUACAAAUUCGACUUUAAGACAGACUUAGGGAAUGGAUCUUGCCUGUAACCCGGGGACUGUCUGUAUACCGUAGUCGUCUUUUUUUUGUCGUCACUUGGUUUAUUUGGUUUAACUUGUCUUACCUUGCAUUUUCAGAUUUAAAUUGCGUAUGAUUUACAAAUAUCGCAGUGGUUCCAAGCAAUUAUCCAUUAAUCUCAAGGCAGCUACUGAAGUUUGAAAUGUCUAUUAACGAUCGAGAUUCUUUUAAGAAUGUUUUGUUUAUCUGGUUUUUGUUUGGGAGAAACGCUGAAAAUUGGCUUCAAUGUUUGAAAAGGAAAUUUAAAAUCUGCAAAUGUGACGCACUUGUCUUCCAUUUCGGAGUGUCUCCCUUUGCACUGCUCUUAAUUAGGAAACAUGAAAGCGAGUAGCUGGACGUUUACAUGGAAGCCUAAAUAUGCAGAAUUCCUUAUAAUGGACUAAGUAGCUCAAAGAGAGUUUUUGUUUACGAGUCUGUUGGAAUGUAAACAGCAUCUAAAGUUUUCAUUUUAAACUUUUCCAGGGCAUAGUUUAAGAUGUGCCUGUGAAGACAUACAGGACAGUAAAAACAAAAUAAAUAAUUACAUAAAAUCAGAUUCGGAGCUGUCAGUGUCAAAACUCUGUGUUAUAAUAAAUGUACAUAAAAGUGGAUCUGGAUGAAUUAGCUGGAAAUGCGACAGAAAAUGACUUUCUUAGUUUUCUUUCUAGAAAAAGUUACAUCAUCUGCUUCGCCGAAUUCGAGGGUGGAGAUAACCAUUUAUUGGCUACGAAGCUCAGAGGUCUGUUGCUAUACCCUGUUAUGCUCAGGGUAUAUUGUUAGUGUUCUAAAAAGACAUUUUUUUAUUAAUAGAAUCUUGUAGGUUCCUGUGCUGUAUUCUGUGAUUGUCUUGUACGCUGAUUAUUAUUCCAGAUGCUCGCUCCCGUCCCUUAAGCAGCACUUGUGGAGGCAGAGAGGGGCUCUUUUCCAGUCUGUUGCCACCGUCUACACAGCACUUUGCCUCUGGCGUACACGUGUGACAUUAAUGGGGUCAUAAACCCUUUUACAGCUGACGAGGGCGCCAUGGCAAUUCUCCUUUGCGUGAGUCUGUCUCUGAUUCUCCUCCCGCAAGUGGGAUCUGUGAGGAACUGCCACCCAGGGUGUCGCUGUGAAGUGGAGAACUAUGGGCUUUUUGACAGCUUCAGUCUGACCAAGGUGUACUGCAGUGGCGUGGGACCGAGCUCAGCCCCCAUUCCCAUCCCACUAGACACGUCUUUCCUGGACCUGUCCUCCAACUCCAUCUACACCAUCACAGACUCCAUGCUCACAGGCCCCGGGUACACCACCCUCGUCAGUCUGGAUCUUAGCAGAAACUACAUUUCCGAAGUUCACCCCAAUGCACUUUCCAGACUACGAUAUCUGGAAACCUUGGACCUUAGCCAGAAUUCCCUCGAGGACUUGACGGAUGGGGUCUUCACAGGCCUGCCACUGACAGAGCUAGAUCUGAGCAGCAACAAGAUCCAGGAGUUGAGGCUGGACAUCUUCUCGACUAAGGCCCAUGGGAAACCCAUCAGCGUGGAUUUGUCCAAUAACUUGUUGGCAGCCGUUUCUCGAAGACCGCACACAGGCCCUCCCAAUAUCAAGAGCCUAACCCUGGCAGGGAAUUUACUCAGAACUGUGCCUGAUCUUCGUGGAAUUCCCCUGAGGUAUCUGAACUUGGAUGGAAAUCCGAUCUCAAGUAUUGAGAAGGAUGUAUUUGUAGAUCUGAAGGAUCUGGUCCAUCUGUCCCUUAGUGGUCUACCUACACUCACUGCAAUCCAGCCCCAGAGCUUCAAAGACCUGCAGAACUUACAGGUCCUUGACUUAUCAAAUAACCCUAAGCUGGAUUCGUUGAAUCCAGAGAUAUUCACUGGCCUAAUCGCUUUACAGGAGCUUAACUUGUCUAAAUCUGGCGUGAUGUCAUUGCCAGAUAACAUUUUGAGUUAUGUGCCAAGUAUCCGAAGUCUUUCUCUAGGGAAAAAUAUUCAGUGCUGGAAGACCCAGAAGCAAGGCCAGUUCCAUAGGCAGAUCGGACAGACUAAGAGUGGGGAGGUACUUACCUGUGAUGUCAGUGACAUCAGUUUAUAAGGUUUUAUUUUGCAGUAUACUAUCUAUACAAAAAGACCUUCAUUUGUGCCUUUACGUAUCUUUAUCAUAAAAAUUAUGUAUAUAUAUAUAUAGUUUUUUUAUUUUUUUUCCUGCUAAACUUGAUGAUUGUCUUUUGAGGUUUUAUUUCAGUAUAAUUUAAGAAUAACAUACCUUUGCACAUAUGCAUAUUAAAUCCAAGCAAACUGCAGCUUUUAAAACAAAAUCUAGGAUAUGAAAACACUGUGGAUGACGAUAUGGACUGAGGUCUGAAACGAAAGAGUUUAUGCUGCGUUAAACAUGCUAAGAAUACUGACCAUCUCUGUGCGUCUUCUUUAGGAAACUUGACAUGGCCGAGUUCAUGUCUCAUGCCUUCCACACUCUGAUGAAAAUCUGAUUUUACACAGUGUGCAAAUUCUGAUGCUAAAGGACAGUCUCCACCUGAGCAUCGUCAGACAGCAGAAUUAGACGUAAGCUUAAUGUAAUCUACAGUCCCUUGAAACCACAUAGCUGGAUAGCUGAAAAACGACUUAUGUUCCUGAGCCGAGACAUAUUGUAUAAAAAUAUGCAUUAGCUGAAUAUAUGCAAUGGAACACAAAAAGCACCUAAAUCCUACUCUCAUUGAUUUAGUAGAUUAUAUUUCUAUUAUAUUUCUUGUAACUUUUAAGACUGGGCUAAAUGGUAAGAACGACAUAUUGAAAUGUAUUUCAGUAUUGCUGAACGUCAGCAUGUAUUUACACAAUAUUUGUCCCAAGUAUUUGUUACGGAGAAAGAAUAUCGUUGCCUUAGCAGAGCACACCAAGCAACAAGAUGCUAAAGUUGUUUCAGCUGACCAUGUCGUAAGUAGCUGGACGUGUAGUGCCGUGUUCAUGAAUACAUUUUUGGUUUUUGCAUAAAAGCCCCCUUGGGCAUGGAAGGAACAGAGCUCUGAAUUUAAGGUGUGUUUUUGUGAAACCCCAUGUACUUUUGUUUUACAUGGUUAACAUGUAGCCUAAACAUAUUUUCCCUCACUAAUGUAUGGUUUGCUACCCCAAGAACCAAUGUGUUUGACUGUAAUCUUAGCUGAUAACAGACAAAAUUAAGCUACUUUGCCAAUUUAGAUGGAACAUUAAGACAAACCUUGUGUAUGUGUGUGUGAGAGCCGAUAUACAUGAAAUGUAAAAAUGUAUUAGGUAUAUUUUCAGUGAGAAGGGGGGUGGGUACAUUUCCUGUGUUUUUCCACUGUGAAUAUAAAUUUUAUUUAUGAUACUCCUGUCUUAAUUCUUGGGAUGUAAUAGUUGGUUGCUAUAACUAAUUAAAAUAACCAUUUUCUUCAUUUAAACAGUAAGAGUUCAUAAUUCUGAAGACUAGAAACAUAUUUAGUACUUGAUUUGGUUAGGAGUCACAAAUAGCUUCACCUUCGGUUUGCAUAGAGUUAACAUGAACAACUUAGUUACUCCACCGGUCAUUGAGAACAAUCCCAGUUUUCCUCUUCACUUGGUAAAGGAACCAGAACACCAUGACAUAUACUUUCUUAUCACAAAGCUUCAGUGUUUCCCCUUUUUUUCAUGUUUUUAUUGAAAAAUAACAUCUAUGGAAUUAUUUCUGCUGGCAGAAAACAAGCGAAUGGCUAAAGUAAAUCUCGUAAUAAAAAAUACAGUACUAUUGAACUAUUAUAUUUACUAAUGUUAAUCUUUUUCAUCAUUGUGUUUUAUCUGAUGUGAGAAUCAGCAUCACAAAUGGAAAUAAAGUAUCUUGAAUAAAGCAUCAUGAAUCCUAAAGAAAA